AUGGCAGAACUCUGGUCCAUUUCUCCUAUCGCGUUAAAGAGUUCAAACUUAGUACUUUUGUUCAUCUGUAUCGACUUUCAGAAAGGACAAAAGGGAAUCGAUGGACGACAGAUCGUAUUCGGUGACAACGCGUGCAUCCUGGUGAAUCAGAAGAACGAGCCCCUCGGCACAAGAAUCGUGAGUCAGACGGGUGUAAUCGGAGAGCUGAUCUCCAUGCGAACGUCCUCAAAGCUGCAGUCGCUCAUCCCGAAAUUGUAA